GGUUCACCACUCCAGCGAGUUCACCCCGCGAGAGUUUGUUUACAGACGACAUAGACCGUUUUAUCUACCCAUCGACAGAUCUAGUUCGCUGAAGAUUCAUUCUGGUCAGGACUUUAAACUGUCGACAUGGCGGACGAGGCAGCAAAAACGGAAUCGGGGAAAACUGUUUUGAUUGCCAUAGACGGAAGUGAACAAGCCAGAAAUGCAUUCGAUUGGUACAAAAACAACAUUUUCAAGGACACAGACAAAGUGGUACUGGUCCAUGCCGUGGAAAUGCACGAAAUCCUAAACUCCCAACAGUGGUAUGCCACUCCCUAUAGCUUCGAUAAGGACACCCUGUUUGCUAUCCUAGAGAAGGAGAAGGAGAAAGUGACUGCGAAGUUGGAGGAGUUUGCUCAACUGCUCCGGGACUCUAAGAUAAACGGCACAGUAAAGAGUGUUCAUUCAUCCAGUCCAGGAGAGGGGAUCUGUAAGAUUGCCAAGGAAGUGAACGCCGACCUGAUUAUUACUGGGACACGUGGUAUGGGGAGCGUUCGACGCACCUUACUGGGUAGUGUCAGUGACUACAUCUUACACCACGCCCACGUACCUGUCAUUGUGUGUCGUCACUGAGCGCGCCGACCAAUGAACAAUGUGUAUUUUAGAUACACUUUCUAUAACACCUUAUGAAGGGUUAGUAGUAUUCAUACCUGUACGUUUGGUCUUGUAAUCGGAUGUUUUGUUUUAGAAGUAUACAGGUGAUUAAUAUUACCGCGAGAGUAGAUGCUACAUGUACAAAAAUGUAUAUUUGUUUUGAGUGUACCUCUGUGUAUAGACCCGGUAUAGUUUGUUGUAGCUGGUUAUUAGUGUUUGUGUUGAAAUAAAGAUUUCAUUAUUUUAGGACGACAA